AUGUCCUCCACUCUGAAUGGCCUCGAGUUUCCUACCUCUUUCCCUGCUCCCCAAGGGAAAAACAGCCUCACCUUUCACCCUCCACCUGUCGAUGGGACGCGUUCGGUCCCUGAACUCUUUCAGUACAAUGCCGAGCACAGUCCCGAGCAUCCUCUCUUUGUUUUUGCUGACGGGCCUGAUGAUACGAGGACGAUUAAAUACUCUGAAGCAUGGCGUAUGAUACAGCGCGCAUCGAAGAUCGUCCAUGGGAAUGUGACGAAUUACCAGGAGUGUCGUUCUCUCCCGGUCGGCGCAGAUUCCAAGACUUCGCGCACUGUUGGCAUUCUUGCUAACGCUGAUUACAUUAGCUAUUUCUGCACGAUUCUGGCAAUAAUGCGUCUUGGACUCACUCCCUUCCCACUCUCGAUUCGCAACUCUCCUAUCGCUAUCGCCCACUUGAUCAAGAAGACACAGAUCCAGCAGCUCUUCGUCUCUCCUGACCCUGCUAUGCAGAGGCUCUGCAAAGAUUCCCUCGCGAUUCUGAAGCAGGACGGCAUCGAUAUUGAGGUCAUGCCCAUGAUUCAGUUCGAUGCUAUCUCGGACGAGAGCGCGCAGGCAGCAGAGCUCGACAAGGUGGACCUACCGGUACCCAAGGUCGACAUGAAUACCUUAGCGAUCAUCUUACAUAGCUCCGGCACGACUUCUUUCCCCAAGCCGAUCUCUGUCACCCAUCCAUCGUUUCUUCAAUGGACUCUUCUGCCACUUUAUGGUGAGACCGACCUUUGCGGGUCUAUAAUGGCUGUACAUACGUGUCCGAUGUUUCACAUGAUGGGCGUGGCCACCAUUACGCUCUGCGUCGUGCCGGGCUUGGUUAUGGGUUGCUUCAAGCCAUCGUCCCCGCCCACUCUUCCGACUCCAGAUGUCUACCUGUCCAACAUUAUUCAGACGAAGAGCGAAAUUGUGUUCUGCGUUCCGUCCUUCAUUGAGGCUUGGGCUAAGGAUCUCACUAAACUUUCCUCCAUGAAGUCUCUCAAAUCGAUCCUUGGUCAUCCUAUUAAGGCUUUUGCUGGCGCACCCAUAACAAAGUCUGUCGGGGACCAGAUUGCAGGGAUGGGCAUCAAGCUGUACCCUUUCUAUGGCCUUACGGAGUGCUGCAGCAUUUGUCGACUUUUCCCGUCUUCCAUACCCACUGUCGAUACCUGGGAGUGGUUCGAGUUUUCGCCACAUAUAGAGUACGAGCUUAUACCUCAAGAGGACAGGGACGAUAUCUUUGAGAUUUGUGUGUUGAGUACGCCUCGCAACGCAACAUGCGCCGUCAAUGCCACCUCAAAGGAGGGAAGACCGAUGUACAGGACUUUCGACCUUCUGCAGAGGCAUCCCAAGUACCCUAACAAAUGGCGGGUUCACGGCCGGGCUGAUGACCAGAUCAUGUUGGCGACUGGCGAGAAGACUAAUCCAGGGCCAUUGGAGGCGAUUUUGGUCCAGGACCCUCAUGUCUCUCACGCAAUCAUGUUUGGGCGGGGGCAAAUCCAGAACGGCGUCUUAGUGGAUCCCAAGAAGGAGUUCGCGUUCGACCCGACCGACGAGGCUAAGCUCAUCGACUUCCGUGAUAAAAUCUGGCCGUCCGUCGAGAAGAUGAACGAAUUUGCCCCGGCGCAUUCGAGGCUUUUCAAAGAGAUGAUCAUCGUCUCAUCGCCAUCGAAACCAUUCGAGCUGACCUCGAAGGGAACACCUCGAAGGCACGCCAUCAUCAACAAUUACAACCCGGAAAUCCAGGCUCUAUAUGCUGCUGUCAGAGACUUCUCUCAGGCCGAUAUUCCUGCGCCCCAGAAGUGGGACGAGUCUUCUGUACAGGACUUUAUCAGGGAGGUCGUGCAUAAAGUCAUGGAAAUCAACCUUUCAGACGACACCGACUUCUUCCAGCAAGGGUGCGAUAGCUUACAGACAACUUACAUUCGCAACGCUAUCAAUCAUGCCAUCCGCCAGGCUCCAGGCUCCGAACGCAUUCGUCUCCCCAACAACUUCGUCUAUGCCAAUCCCACCAUCUCUUCCCUCGCCUCCUUCAUUCUCUCCCUGUUCUCCUCUGACGGCCAAGGCAGUGGAGACAAGAGCGAGCGCGAUGCCAAGGCUAUGGAGGCUAUGGUCAAGAAGUACAGCGUCGCUUUUUCUGUGCAUACGGCCCGUGGCGCUGCCGGUGCGGAGAGUCUGGAAGAGGUCGUUUUUGUCUCUGGGACGUCAGGCCGUUUGGGUGCGCAUUUGUUGGCACAACUGCUCGCGAGGUCGAGCGUGAAGAGGGUGUAUGCGGCCAAUAGACCGGCGAAUGAGGACAUCAGAGAGAGACAGAGGAAGACGUUUGAGAGUUGGGGUUUGGACACGGGCUUGUUGGGGAGUGGAAGAGUCGUCUUAGUCGAGGCUGAUUUUGCGAAGGCUGACCUUGGGAUUGGGGACGCCUUGUACAACGAGAUCCGUGAUUCCGUGACGAGCAUCAUUCACAAUGCUUGGCGUGUCGACUUCAAUGUGGCCGUGUCCUCUUUUGAGCCCUUGGUGGCAGGCAUGCGCAACUUGAUCGACCUAUCGCUCGCGUCUCCUCGUCCCUCGCCCCCUCCCAUCCUCUUCACCAGCUCCAUCUCGGUCAUUUCGAGGUAUCCAACAUACCCGAUCCCCGAGGAGCCCAUCACCGAGACCAAGAUUGCUACCAUGUCAGGCUACAGUGAGAGCAAAUGGGUUAGCGAAACUCUGCUUCUGCGUGCGCGUCAGCAGAGGGGCUUGUGCACCAACGUCGUCCGUGUCGGGCAGCUAUGUGGCGAUCUGAAGACCGGAGGAUGGAACAAGCAGGAAUGGGUCCCUGUGAUGCUCCGUGGUUCUCAGGUCCUUGGAGCUGUCCCCCAGCGUGUCGAGAGCGUCUCGUUCAUCGCCGUUGACACCGCAGCGUCCACCAUACUCGACAUGCUCGGCUCCUCCGAACCUGUCCUCCAUCUCGUCCACCCUUACCCCGUCCCCUGGACCGUCAUCUCCGAAACUGCUUCCAAGGUUCUUAACGUUCCCAUCAUCCCCUACAACGAAUGGCUCUCUCGCCUCCAAGACGCUGCACGAAGCGCCCUGAACGACUCAGACGCACCAAAGCACAACCCUGCGCUAAAGCUGCUCGAUUUCUACGAGAAGGAUCUGCCGGAAGAGAGCCCGUUCGAUGUUGGGACGGCCAAGGCUGUGAAGGUGUCGAGAAGCUUAAGAGAGGCAAAGCAGAUGAAUGGCGGGGAUGUGGAGAGGUGGAUCGCUUACUGGAGGAAGGUCGGGUUGUUGCAAUGA